AUGGCACCACAAGCACAGAGCCUCGCCAUCCCAACACCAACAAUCCAGUGUCACGCUUCAAACCUUCUUCAACUAGCUGACAAAACUCUCCUAUGCGUGUUCUUUGGAGGCUCGCAAGAAGGCCUUCCAGAUGUCAGCAUCUGGUUAUCACGCCUAGAGCCUGGAGCUUCAUCGUGGACUAAACCAAAGAGGAUUUCAUAUGAUGAGGGUCGGAGCUGCCAGAAUCCUGUCCUAUUCCAGGCCCCAACUUCAAGCCGCAUUUGGCUAUUCCACACGUCUCAAGAUGCUGGAAACCAAGAUGAGUGUUACAUGGUAGCCCGCACAUCAGAAGAUGGGGGUUCGACUUGGUCGAGCCCUACGCGUCCCCUUGGCGAGAAAAAGGGGAUUUUCUCUAGACAGCCCCUUGUCGUUCUGGAAGACAAUACAAAUGAACCUGGAUGCCGAUGGAUUGGAAACGAUGACAUUUCUGGGGUCUUCUAUUCCCGAGACGAGGGGAAGACAUGGAAUGAGAGGCAAUUGUCUGAUGGUAUUGGUGCUGUCCACAUGAACAUCAUCAAGCCGGAGCCCAAUAAGACCAACUGGGUGUCGUUCUAUCGUAGCCGCUGGGCAGACAGAGUAUACCGAGCGACAUCAACCAACGGUCUUGAUUGGGACACGCCAAAGCCUCUCGAUCUUGCUAACCCCAACAGCGGCAUCUGCGCUGCUCGUCUGUCGUCGGGAAAAGUUGCUCUUGUGUUCAAUGACUCCGCCGCCUCGCCUGACGACCUGAAACGACAGGGCCUCUAUGAUGACAUUACCCCUGAAGAUGACAAACGGCCCAACCAGACUUCCAAGGGCGGCCGUGAAGCCAUUUGGGGAAUUCCCCGGAAGAAGCUCACUCUGGGAAUUUCUGACGAUAACGGUCUCACUUGGAAGACCAAGGUUCUUGAGGACGGAGACGGAUUUUGCAUGACGAACAGCUCUUCAGGGAAGGAGAACAGAGAAUUAAGCUAUCCGAGCACAUGGCUGGAAGUUGUCGAAGGAAAAGACACUCUCCAUGUCGCGUUCACAUUCCAUAGGCAGUAUAUUAAACACAUACGUAUCUCCGACGUAGAGAACUGGGUUGAGUCAUAG